UAAUUAAACAUUGUCUGUGUAUUGCAACUUUUACAAACUGUGUACCGUUAUCAAAAUGUGUAGGUUUCCAGUCUUGUCACUAACUCCAUUCUCUUUGUGUUUUCGGAAACUCCCUACUGGUGAAAAGGAGUAUUGGAGAGGAAACAGUUGUCGAAGAUGCCGCCCAGCAAAGCAUCCCGGAGGUCAGCUGCUGCGAAGAAGAGGAUGGCAGACAGGGCUGUGGCUAAGACUGACGGGGUUACUUCUUCAUCCCCUGACAAAAAAGAUCUGACUGACUCUGUUCCUGCAAGCCACAGCCCACCUGUGGGCCAAGCAGCAGCUGACACUUCUUUACCUCUGACUGACGGGGUUACGUCUUCAUCCCCUGACAAAAAAGACCUGACUGACGGGGUUACGCUUUUUCCCCAUUAUGAAAAACACUGACCCAAAAGCCAAUCUCUCAAGCAAUGUCACAAGCAAUGUCACAAGCAAUGUCACAAGCAAUGUCACAAGCAAUUUCUCAAGCAAUCUCUCAAGCCAUGUCUCAGUCAACCUCUCUGCAAAACUCUCUGCAGCUCUCUCUACCAAUCUCUCUGCCACUCAAAAUUGUAUGUCUUCACAUGUUUGUGCUGUUUAUCCUCAGGCCCAGAGACUGACUGGUUCUUUUCAUCAAGCACACUCACGGUUUGGCAUUAACAGUAAUAAACAGUGUGUUGCUAACAGUGUAACUGCAGUUAUGACUAGUAGAAUAAAGAAUGUGCUGACAUGGACAACACAAGACCUGGAUGCAGUCCUGCUUGAUGGAGACCAGUUCUACACUCACAUUAGAAAUGCUGGCAGGAUUCAUGAUGCUUCAGGAUACCUCUUUGUACAAGAUUUGCCUACAGAAUAUGCACUACAUGGUCAUAGGUUUGAACUGAAUUUCAGUGAUGAAAUGUUUACAGGACUGUUUAGUGUUACUGAAUAUGGAGAUAUGCAGAAUGUGUACAUGUCACAUGAUGAAGCCAUUGUAAGAGUGCUAUCUCAGUUUGAUGCUUGUCUGUUUACUGUGAAAGUCAAUACAUGUGCUAUCAUCAAACAGGACUCGUGGUAUGUCAUUAUUGACUCGCAUGCGAGAAACACACACGGUGCAGUAGAUGGUUCAGGUAAAAGCUUACUAGCUUAUUAUGCUAACUUGGAGUCACUUCUCAACCACGUCACAAUCCUGGGUCUGUCAUUGCAAGCAGAAGGUGAGCCGUUUGAAGUAACUGGUGUUGUAGUGGUUUCAAAUUACAUGGGGCAGCAGACUUCUGAAGCACACACGCAGGUAACUGAGGGUGUAAAUGUGAGGAAUGAACUGAAAGAUGCUGCAGAUAAAAUGAACACUGUGAAAGACAGGGUAAGCAACAGGCUGCUCUAUAGUGAAGCUGUAAAAGCUAAACAUGAUGUGUGCAAAAUUCAACGUCUGAAAGCAAAUAGUGAACCGCAGGUUACAGCAGAAAGGAAAGCUAAACAUGUGACAAGUUCAGCCAAUCAGGUUCUCACAAGUGACUCUGAUGUCAUGUUUAUGAGCAAGACUCCAAGCGAAAGCUUUCAGUAUGGUCCAAUAACAGUGCAGCAACAAAAAAACCUGUGUCUGAAACUCAAUGUUGUGUACAAUGAAUCUAGACAGAAGCAACUGUGUGAAUUGACUUCAGUAGGAGAACCUUGUGAAACGCAGAGGAUAACAGGGGAUGAUUACAGGAAUCUCCUUAAAAAAACAAGUAAACGUAAAUAUGACAAAGAUCAGGAAUACAGAGAGUACAAAAAACAUUCAAGUGUAAUGAAAUACAAUACAGACAAGGAACACCGAGAGCAUGUCAAACAAUUGAGUGUAAUUAAGUACAAUACAGAUGACGAGCACAGACAGCAUGUCAAACAAUUGAGUGUAAUUAAGUACAAUACAGAUGACGAGCACAGACAGCAUGUCAAACAAUUGAGUGUAAUUAAGUACAAUACAGAUGACGAGCACAGAGAGCAUGUAAAGCAGAUUUCAAUUUCAAAAUACAAAGCAGACAGAUCAUUUGCCCAGGGUGUGAAAAACAGAAACAUAGAAAGAAGACAAAUAAAUAAAAACAAAAGAAAAGAAACUGAUUUUGUAAUUACACAGUUCAAAAACAAAAUAAGCACAGGUCCAGAAUACGUGUGUGCGGUUUGUCACAGAGCUCUGUUCAAACACCAAGUCAUACGAUGUCGAAAACAUGAAUAUUUGAAAAAAGAUCCAGCGGUUGCAUGUAUAGCGGAAAGGUGUGUCACUGAGGAUUAUUUGCAUAUUUGCAAUAAGAGCUGUGAUGUACAUUGUGCCAUUAAAAGUAGCCCGGCUGGUUCUCUUUGGAUUUGUUAUACUUGUCACAGAAAGAUUUGUAAUGCAAAAAUGCCAGAACAGAGUGUUGUGAAUAAUCUGUCACUAGAUCCAGUCCCUCAUGAAUUGCAAACAUUAAAUUCAUUGGAAUGUCAUUUGAUUGCAAUGCAUAUACCAUUCAUGAAGAUUGUGCCGCUGCCAAAAGGAACACAGAGCUCUGUCGUAGGCCCAAUAACCUGUGUGCCAUCAAAUGUAGCUGAUGCAGCUGAGCUUUUACCAAGAUCAGAACAUGCUGAUCUCAUGAUCCGUGUGAAAUUGAAAAGAAAGUUGACAUACAAGGGGCAUUAUAAGUAUGAAUUUGUCCACCCAGAGAAAAUUCAAAAUGCACUGAUGUACCUAAAAAACCAUAACAAAUUCUACAGUGAUGUUAAAUUCAACAAUGAUUGGAUUAAUCCACUGAGCAACACUGCAGAAGCAGAUGAGUGUGAUGACCAAAGUGAACAAGCUGGUAAUGAGAAAGACACUGACAAUACCAAUGAGGAUGAGAACAUUGAUGAAACUCUUCUUGACCGACAACAGCAUGGCAUGUUUAUGGAUACUUGUUUACAACCUGUUGAUGUAGCACAAGAGGUUCUGGAUCAGCAUUUUGAUGGAAUCAUGUCUGUAGCACCUGCAGAAGGAAAUAAUCCAGUCAGGCUAUUAACUGAUGAGUCAAACGAGGCCAAAUGCUUCCCAGUUCUGUUCCCUAAAGGCACAGGUACUUUUCAUGAGACAAGACCAGAAAGGCUGACAUUAUGUCAAUAUUUAAACUCAAGAAUACUCAAUGCAGAUGGAAGAUUUGCUAAAAACUUGGACUUUAUCUUUUAUGGCCAGUAUUUGUCAGAACUAAAUCAGGUUGUAUCAAAUGUAUCAAUCGCAUUGAGAAAAGGACAUUCCACACAGAAAUCAGAAGUUACUUCAGAAAUGUUGACAAACCAUGAAUCCUUACGACGCAUUUUACAUUUUGAUGAAGGCUAUAAAUUCUUAAAACCUAUCAGAGGUACUCCAGUGUUCUGGCAAAGCGUGCAGAAAGAUUUGUUUGCAAUGGUCAGACAACUAGGAAUUCCAACCUGGUUUGCUUCGUUUUCCUCUGCUGACCUCCGGUGGCCAGAACUCAUGCAAACAAUCCUGAAACAAGAAGGAAAACAUGUAUCAGCUGGUGAGCUUGAUUGGUCAGAGAGAUGUCACCUGCUGAAAAGUAACCCUGUGACUGCUGCUAGAAUGUUUGACCAUCGAUUUCACUGUUUCCUUAAAGAUGUCAUCAUGUCUGAAGCCAAACCAAUUGGAGAGAUCACUGAUUUUUUCAUGAGAGUUGAGUUCCAGAAUCGUGGUUCACCUCACACUCAUUGUCUUUUCUGGGUAAAAGAUGCUCCACAGAUAGACAGAGAUGAUGAUGUGCUUGUUUGUCAGUUUAUUAAUCAGUAUGUCACAUGUGAAUUGCCUUCAGAUGAGGACAGAGAAAUGCAUGACAUAGUGUCACAAGUUCAGAUGCACAGCAAGAGACACUCAAAAACAUGCAAAAAAAAGGGAACAACAUGCAGAUUUAACUUUCCACGUCCUCCAAGUAACAGAACAUUUAUUACACGAUGUAAGACUGAGGAACAUAAAAAUGACAAUAAUGAUGAAAAUGAAAAAGCUAGCAAAUCCGCAAAGACGAUGGAAGUAGAAUUAGCAAGUACAAUAUUAAAAGGAGUCAGAAAUGCUUUAUCAAAUACUGAGGCCACAUUUGACUCUGUUGACUCUUUAUUUGCUUCCCUUGAUAUAAAUCAAGAAAUCUUUGAAGCAGCAUAUCAAACAAUGACCAAGAAAACCAGUGUUGUGUUGAAGAGGAAACCAUGUGAUGUUUGGGUGAAUCAGUAUAACACAGAUCUUCUAAAAGCAUGGAAUGCAAAUAUGGACAUACAGUUUGUAGUCGAUGCAUAUUCCUGUAUUGUUUAUAUCAUCUCAUACAUAUCAAAAGCAGAGAGAGAAAUGGGGCUGUUGUUGUCACAUGCACAAAAAGAAGCGUCAGAGCAAGGCAAUCUUGAUGCUAAACAAGCUAUGCGCAAACUUGGCAGUGUUUUCUUGCAUAAUCGUGAAGUUUCAGCUCAAGAAAGUGUGUAUCGUCUUACGAAUAUGAAAUUAAAACAGGCAUCUCGUAAAGUGCAAUUUGUUCCAACUGGUGACACAAUCAGAAUGAGUCUUCCACUAAAUGUCAUACAGAGGAAAGCUCAGUGCAGCGAUGAUGACAGUGACAAUAUUUGGAUGUACAGCAUUUCUGACAGAUAUAAGAACAGACCUAAAAGCAAGGAAUUUGAAGAAAUGUGUUUGGCAAGGUUUGCAUCAGAAUAUAGAAUAUUGUCUAAAUCGGAACAUUCAUCCAGUGACAGCAUCAAACUUUUGAAAGAUUCAGGAUUUGCCAAGAAAAGGUCACGAACAGAAGCUGCUGUGAUUCGAUAUGCCCGUUUCUCACCAACAAAAAAUCCAGAGAAAUAUUAUGAAAGCAUUUUAGAGUUGUUUUUGCCUCACUACCUCAAAUCACAACUAAAACCAUCCACUUUCCAGACAUAUCAAGAGUUUUAUGAAACUGGGUCUGUGAAAUAUUCUGAUAAUGAACUUGUCUCAGUGAAAGUCACAGUAGACACAAAUAUGGCCAUGUUUGAAAAAGAGAGUGACUCCAUAGACAAAGCUCAGGAAGACCUAGAUGCACAUGGUCCAAUGGAAGAUGCAUGGGCACAACUUUGUCCAGAGACUGAGCGUGAACGUUUAGAAUGCAUUGAGCAGAAACAGAAGGAAAUUCCAGAAAUAACUGAAAACAGUGACAUCAUACCUGACCUUUUUCCCAAGGAAAUCUAUUCAUUACAGGAUAAUUCUCAUAACAUGCCAAAGGAAGAAGCUAUGGCUCUACUACGUUCAAUGAAUGAGACACAGUCCCAGAUAUUUUAUAAAAUCCGACACUGGUGUUUACAAAAGGCACGUGGUGACACUCCAGAACCCUUUCAUGUGUUUAUAUCAGGCCCUGGAGGUGUAGGGAAAUCUAUGCUGAUUAAAGCAAUACAUUAUGAAGCACAUCGUAUCCUAUCUCGCUUAUCAAAUAAUCCUGAUGACACACGUGUGUUACUGACAGCUCCAACUGGUGUAAGUGCUUAUAACAUUAAUGCUGCAACAAUACAUACUUCUUUAGCUAUUGGUACAGAUGUAAAGCUACCAUAUCAACCACUGGGAGAUGAGAAAAUUAAUUCUCUGAGAACAAAGUUGGGAAACCUGGAUAUAUUAAUUAUUGAUGAAAUUUCAAUGGUUGAUCACAAACUCCUUGCAUAUGUUCAUGGCAGACUGAGGCAGAUCAAACAAACUGGAGAUUAUUCACCUUUUGGAAAGGUUUCUAUCAUCGCAGUUGGAGACUUUUAUCAGCUCAAUCCAGUUAAGGGUAAAGCUUUAUAUGCUGAUCAUGUGGGAAUUAAUCUGUGGCAAGACCAUUUUGCUUUGGCUGAGUUGAGUCAGAUAAUGAGACAGAAAGAUGUGGAAUUCGCACAGUUGCUCAAUCGAUUAAGGAAACGACAGAAAUCUCAUCCAUUGCUGGAAAAAGAUAUAAGUAUGCUGAAACAGUGUGAAACUGGUGAAGAACACAUGACUUACAAUUUGCAUAUUUAUGCCACAAAUAAUGAAGUUGAUGACCACAAUAGAGAAAUGCUUCACAAGACAUGCAAAGAUACUAUAGUUAUUCGAGCACAAGAUUAUGAGAGAGACCCGAAAACUGGACACUUUCAAAAAGUAAAGGGCCACCACAGCAAUGUUUGCAAGACAUGUCUUUCACGAUCACUUCACAUUGCAGUUAAUGCAAGAGUCAUGCUUCUUAAAAACAUUGAUGUUUCAGAUGGACUUGUGAAUGGUGCUUUUGGUACAGUUAGUGAUAUACAUUUUAAUCCUGGAGAAGAUUUCCCAUCAAACGUAUAUGUGACAUUUGACAAUGAAAGAGCUGGUAGAGCCUUACGAGCAAAACGGCCAUCCUUAAAACCAGGACUGGAAAAGGCUACACCAAUGGAACCAGAAGAAGAGAGAGUCACAAGAAGUGGUGGCAUACGACGACAGUUUCCCCUGAAAUUAUCUUGGGCUUGCACUAUUCACAAAGUACAAGGUCUAACUGUGGAUAAAGCUGUUGUAUCACUUAAAAAGAUAUUUGCACCUGGACAAGCAUAUGUGGCAUUAAGUCGUGUGACUUCUCUGGAAGGUCUCAUUAUAGAAGAUUUCAAGGAAACAGCUAUUUAUGCAAAACCUGAUAUAGAAAGUUUCAUGCAAACUAUGCCCGCAUUUGUGGAGCCACUUACAGAAACACAUCUGUCAUUAUUAUCAUGUAAAGUACUUCUGCACAAUGUUCAAGGGUUGUCAUGUCACCUGGAAGACAUAAAACAAGACAAAAGGUAUAUGGAAGCUGAUAUUAUUUGCAUGACAGAAACAUGGGUACAGUCAAGUCAUAGUGAAAAUGAUCUACAAAUAAGUGGAUUUUCAUUCUGCAACAGCCCAAGGUCUGUUUCAUAUGACAAAAGUGAGGAACUCUUUGCUAAGUUGAAAGAAAAAGAACAUGGUGGUGUUGGUGUGUAUUACAAAACACAGAUCAACUGUAGUUUUGUUGAUUUACCCUGUAUGAACAUAGAGUGCAUGCAGUUUACUAUUCCCCACCUGAACUCAACAGCUGCAAUUGUGUAUAGACCACCUUCAUACAGUUUAAAAGCAUUUGUUAACAAGCUGUCAAAUGUAAUCAGUGUCAUUGACACGUUUGCAGGAGGAAAAAUUAUUAUGGGUGACUUCAAUGAAAACCUUUUUGUGUCCAAUACAGUGAGUGAAAUAAUGCAGCAUAAUGGCUUCACUCAAAUUGUAAAAGAUGCAACCACUGAAAAUGGCACUUUAAUUGAUCAUAUAUAUAUUAAAGACAUUGCAAUUGAGAGUAUAUGUGUUUCUGUAAUGCCUACUUAUUUCAGCUAUCAUGAAUGUGUUGUAUUAACUUGCUUGUAUUAAAGGUGUAUAAUGGCAGCUAUAUGAAGAUUCGUCC